UAAUAAUAAUAUUAAUAAUAAUAAUAACAACGUCGUAUUCUUAUCGUUUUCACGUUCGUGUGCGUGUGCCCCCUUCCGCCCUACCGUCCUCGAAAAAACCGUCGACUGUUCGUAGUUCGCACGAUAAUAAUAAUACUAUCGUUGUCGUCAUUGUUGAAUCACUCUCGUCGCUUUCGGCGACUUUUGUCCGCGUCGUCCGGCAGAUGUGUUGGUACCUAUUUACGUUUUUUUAGUACGCGCCGGCCAGAAGGACGUUUGUCGUCGAUGUCCGAACGCGGAAGCCGUAUUCUUUCGCGUCUCGUAGAUAGCAGACAAAGCUCGUUGUCGUCAACCGUUCGCCCGUUAGGUAUCUUAUAAAUGAUUAAAUAAUUUAUGUAGUAGGUAUCAUGACUUGUGAGCCACCACUUGGCGACCAUCGUCACCGACGGAUAUACGGUUGGCCGUCGGUAUUCGUCACAGCACUGGGCACAUUAAAUAUAUCACACGUCGCAUGAAUAUCGCUUUUUGUUGUUGUUAUUGCUAUAUUAUUAUUAUAUAAUUGCAAGUCUUAUAUUUGGACGUAAACACUCUCAACUCGCUACAUGAAUGGAUUGGAAGCAAAUCAUUCAAAAACAUAGUCGUAAGAUCUUGAAUAGAAUAAGUAUGGACUUGAUCUUAGAAGCGUAUUUGACACACGAAUCAAGCCUCAUGGAUUUAGAAGAUAUACCUCAGACAGUUGAUUCUGUAUGGAUAUUGGGAAAAAAAUAUAGUACAGUUAUUGAUUUACAACAAAUUCGGGAUGACAUUCAGUCCAGAUUAUGGUUUACUUAUCGGAAAGGUUUUCUUCAAAUUGGUAAUACAAAUUUCACCUCUGACAGAGGUUGGGGAUGUAUGUUACGUUGUGGACAGAUGGUUAUUGGUCAAGCUUUAAUUUUUUUACACCUUGGAAGAGACUGGCGCUGGGACCCAGAUAAGAGGGAUAUAGAUUAUUUAAAAAUUUUAAGAAUGUUUGAAGAUAAGCGAUCUGCACCAUAUUCAAUUCAUCAAAUAGCUCUUAUGGGUGUAUCUCAUGGUAAGCAAGUUGGUGAAUGGUUUGGUCCAAACACAAUUGCUCAAGUGUUAAAAAAACUAGCCACUAUGGAUGAAUUGAGCUCUCUUGUUUUUCAUGUAGCAUUAGAUAACACACUAGUCAUUAAUGAAGUCAAAAAAUUAUGUACUGUGAUGGAACAAACUAACUCUAGUAAACAAAUUUGGAAACCUUUGGUACUAGUGAUUCCACUACGUUUAGGUAUAAGUACAAUUAACCCUGCUUAUGUUCAAGGUGUUAAGAUGUGUUUUACUUUCCCACAGUCGUUGGGUGUGAUUGGUGGAAGACCAAAUCACGCUCUGUAUUUCAUAGGUUUCGUAGGCAAUGAUGUAAUAUUUUUGGAUCCACAUACAACACAGCAAAUAGGAAUGUUGCCGAACAAAGAUAUAGAAACUGAACAUAAAAUUGAUCAUUCAUAUCACUGCCAACAAAUUAACCGAUUACCAAUCCUCAACAUGGACCCAUCACUUGCUGCGUGUUUCAUGUGCAAGACUGAAAACGAUUUUAAUUCACUAUGUCAUGAGCUAAAAGUACAUUUAGUGCAAUCUGAUCAAUCACCAUCACAACCGCUUAUCACUAUAUGUGAUGAUCGACCAUCUGACUGGAUGUUAGAUACCUCUGGAAAUCUAUCUACAUCGUCUGAAAACGUUGCUGUAUCAUUAUCAGACUUGGAACUAAACGAAAAAAAAUUACUAACUGAUUCAGAUGAUGACUUUGAGCUAUUAUGAUAUUCAUAUGAACCAAGAGGAUUCUUAAUAAUUCUAAAUAAAUGUAUUUACACUAACAUCAAAAAAUGAUAUGUACCUUCGAAGAGAUUAUGUUCAGUUCUAUUCCUGGUUGGUGCCACAAUGAAUGAUUUAGUUGCCCUUCCAAUUAAAUAUUCUUUUGUAAUAAUAUAUUAAUAGUUAUUAUUAUAUCAUUAUUUUUAUUAUUAUAAUUAUUAUUAA